ACUUCUUGAUUGGUUCUUGUGCUUCCUUCUUAUUUUUCCACUUUUGCCCUUACACUUUCAUGACUUUCUAGAUGAUUUCAUUUAUGGUUUUGUCCACUUAGAAGUGGAUGUAUAAUUAUUCUUUUCUAGAAGUGUUUAUUCUGUAGGCAUUUAGACUAAAAAUUGGUACUGCUUCUAGGUAAAAUCCCGGAGAAAUGAUUUCAGAAAUUAAACUUUAUCUUAGUGAAAUCAGACUGGAGGUAGGAAAUGAAAAAUAAUUAAGUAGAAGAUUUGUUAUUUUUAACACAUCGUUAAGUCUCCAUUGCCUUGUUAUUAGCAUCUGUCCUAUGUAGGAGUGUAGCUAAGGCAACACAGCAGAAGAGGAGUUGUCUAGAGAUAGUCUUUCUUUAGAUAUAUUGUGAUCUUUCUACUUGAUAGAAACUAAUUAGGUUAGAGAAUUUGGAGUCUGGUUGCUAAAUAGAUUGCUUUGAAGGACUUGGUUGUACAGUGGAUUUUGAUUGGUACUUUUUUCAAGAAAUUUUCUUGAAUUAGAGAAUGCUUUAUUGUUUUAAAUUAAAUUUUUAUAUCAUGUUAACAUUUCAUUGAUUUGUUAACAGUCCAUUUAUAGAUUUGUGUUGCGUGCAUGGUACUAAUUCACUUUCAAGAGAGUGGGGAGGAGGGCUCUACUUGAUUCUUUUCAGUUACAGUUAGAGGUGGUAUGUGGAAUAUACUUAAUGUCACUUUAAAAAUAUUGGAUUACAACUAAAUGAAAAACUCGUUUGUUGGUUUUUUUUUUUAAUUUUAAUCCUUCAAGUUUUCCCUUAUUGUUUGUGCUCUUUCCCCCAUUGUCAGGCUUAAAACAUACAGUAUCAUUGUCAUCUGUCCCCUGAAUAAUGGUCUUGAGGUGAUAUUAUUAAUGUGGCUUUUUAAAAUCAAACUAAUUAUACUUGCCUAAAAGGGCCACAUGUGUGCGAUUCUAGCUGCCUGGUGCCUUUUGAGAGCCCUGGAGACAGGCUAGUGAAUAGAGCUGAAAAUUCAUUCUGUAUUUGAUUAAAUGGAACAGACUUGCUGCUCCUUACCCCAGCAGGGGCGAUGAGCUCUCUUGAUCCCCGAAGCGGCUCCAAGACCCUGGGAAUUCCAUUAGCGAGCACCUGAGGAAUUUCUGCCCUGCAGUGCCUUUUUUGUAUGUGUGUAUGUGUGUGUGUGGAGAGGGAGUAGAGCAGAGUGGGGAUGAAGGGGGUGGCGGCGGGCAGGGGGCGGAGAGAGGCUACAUUAGAAGACUCCAUAUGUUAGCAGAUCUAAAAUCAAGGCAUACUUAACAGCUUAUCUUAUAAGAAAAAAGCCCAACCCAAAGGCAGAUUGCCGGUCAGGACUUUCUUACCAGCAGGACCGUGGUGAUGCGUCUUUACUCCCAAGUGAAUGCCACUUGAGCCAAGGACGGGUUUUUUCUGGAAGUCUGUCCUGCCCGCUUCUGUAAUCUGGCGCUAUGCAUCCGGAUCCUGGACUCUUACAGACACUGCUGUGUGUUACUCUCCUGAUUAUGUGCUCUUCUGUGACUUCAGACUUGGCACCUCAUUUUAUUUCUGAGCCAUUGUCUGCUGUCCAGAAACUUGGUGGACCUGUAGUACUGCAUUGUUCUGCUAAACCCGUGAGUGCUCAUAUCUCGUGGUUGCAUAAUGGAAAAAGAUUGGACAGAAAUGUGGAACAGAUUAAGGUUCAUCAGGGGACGUUGACUAUUCUUUCUCUUAACCCCUCCCUCUCGGGUUACUACCAGUGCAUUGCCAGCAAUAGCAUCGGUGCAAUUGUGAGUGGUCCUGCAACCAUAUCCACUGCAGUUCUUGGUGAUUUUGAUUCAUCAACAAAGGAUGUUAUUAGAGCAGAAGAAAAAGGUACUGGUUUCAUUGGCUGCAAGGUACCAGAUAGUAACCCCAAGGCAGAGGUACGCUAUAAAAUCCGCGGAAAGUGGCUGAAACGUUCCACAGAGAAUUACUUAAUCCUUCCAUCAGGAAAUCUUCAGAUUCUGAAUGUAUCCUUAGAGGACAAGGGAUCAUAUAAAUGUGCAGCUUUUAAUCCUGUCACACAUGAAUUAAAAGUUGAACCCAUUGGCCAGAAGCUCCUUGUGAGUCGCCCUUCUUCAGAUGACUUCCACAUUCUUCAUCCCACCCCUUCACAGGCAUUAGCUGUUCUUUCUCACAGCCCUGUGACCCUGGAGUGUGUGGUGAGUGGGGUCCCACCUUCUCAAGUGCGCUGGCUGAAGGAUGGUCAGGAUGCUGUGCCAGGAAGCAGGUGGCGAAGGCUGUAUUCCCAUCUUGCCAUAGACAGCAUUGACCCAGAGGACUCCGGCAACUACUCCUGUGUGGUGGGAAAUAAGUCUGGAGACAUCAAAAAUGUGACCUACAUGGUGAAUGUACUUGAGCAUGCUUCCAUUUCUAAAGGACUGCAGGAUCAGACAGUAUCUCUGGGUGCCACCGUACAAUUUAUGUGCGAGGUUCAUGGGAACCCACUCCCCAACCGUACCUGGCUUCACAAUGCACAGCCCAUUCGUCCUUCUCCACGACAUCUAACUGUGGGAAGUGGAUUGAAGAUCACUGGUGUUACCAUGGAAGAUUCUGGGCUCUAUCAGUGUGUAGCAGAUAAUGGGAUUGGAUUUAUGCAGUCUACUGGGAGACUUGAAAUUGAAAAAGACAGUGAACUCAAGCCAGUUAUAGUUACAGCACCAGCAAGUGCAAAAGUGGCUGACGGAGACUCUGUGACUUUGUUCUGCAAUGCCACUGGAGUGCCAGUUCCAGCCAUUCGUUGGUAUGACAGGCAUGGAUUGAUAACCGGCCACCUGUCUCAAGUUCUUAGAUCUAAAUCGCACUUAUUAAGACCUGGGGGUGCUGACCUGGAGCCUGUCUACUUCAUCACAUCCCGAGCUGGCUCAAGCUCUCUCUACAUCCAGGCUGUCACUCAGGAUCAUGCUGGGAAGUACACCUGCGAAGCAGCAAAUGAACAUGGCGUCACAUGGUCAGAAGUUGUCCUUGCGGUUGUUCCUUUUGAAACAAAUACAAAAGCAGAAAUAGUCAUACCUUCCAUUCCCACUCAGAAUAAUGAUAAAAGUGAUGGUAAAGGAACUGAAUUAUUGAGCUCAUUCCUGGUAAAGGAACAUUCCGGUGCUAUGGAAUCAUCAGAGAAGAAUGCUAGUGGUACCUCUGUUCCUGAUGCCCCCAUCAUUCUGAGCCCCCCACAGACCCACACGCCAGAUACGUACAACCUGGUCUGGAGGGCAGGGAAGGAUGGCGGGCUGCCCAUCAAUGCCUAUUUUGUGAAGUAUCGAAAGUUAGAAGACAGUGUUGGCAUGGUGGGAAGCUGGCACACAGUUCGAGUCCCAGGAAGUGAAAAUGAGCUCCACUUAACAGAACUGGAGCCAUCGAGUCUCUACGAAGUGCUGAUGGUGGCCAGGAGUGCAGCAGGUGAAGGCCAGCCUGCCAUGCUUACCUUCCGAACCAGCAAAGAGAAAACAACAUCAUCUAAAAACACCCAGGUGUCCUCUCCACCUGUGGGCAUCCCCAAGCGCCCUGUAGUUUCAGAAGCUGCAGACAAUUUUGGAGUGGUACUCACGGAUUCCUCCAGGCAUAGUGGAGUUCCAGAGGCACCAGAUCGACCGACUAUCUCCACUGCAUCAGAGACGUCUGUCUAUGUCACUUGGAUUCCCCGGGCAAAUGGGGGCUCGCCAAUCACAGCCUUCAAAGUCGAAUAUAAACGGAUGAGGACAAGCGAUUGGCUGGUGGCAGCUGAAGAUAUCCCUCCUUCUAAACUUUCUGUGGAAGUUCGUAGUUUAGAGCCAGGAUCAACAUACAAAUUUAGAGUCAUUGCCAUCAACCAUUAUGGUGAGAGUUUUCGGAGUUCGGCAUCUCGUCCUUAUCAAGUGGCUGGGUUCCCCAGUCGUUUUUCUAACCGUCCGAUAACUGGACCUCACAUUGCAUACACAGAAGCGGUCAGUGACACUCAGAUCAUGCUGAAGUGGACGUACAUCCCAUCAAGUAACAAUAAUACCCCCAUUCAAGGAUUUUACAUCUAUUACCGGCCAACAGAUAGUGACAAUGACAGUGAUUACAAGAGGGAUGUUGUGGAAGGUUCAAAGCAGUGGCACAUGAUCGGCCACCUGCAACCAGAAACCUCCUAUGAUAUUAAAAUGCAGUGCUUCAAUGAAGGAGGAGAGAGCGAGUUUAGUAAUGUGAUGAUCUGUGAAACAAAAGUAAAACGGGUUCCUGGAGCUUCUGAGUACCCUGUCAAAGACUUGAGCACCCCUCCAAAUUCUUCGGGGAGUGGAGGAAAUGUUGGACCCGCGACUAGCCCCGCCAGAAGCAGCGACAUGCUGUAUUUGAUCGUUGGCUGUGUGCUGGGUGUCAUGGUGCUCAUUCUCAUGACUUUCAUUGCGAUGUGCCUCUGGAAGAACCGCCAGCAGAAUACCAUACAGAAAUAUGACCCACCAGGUUAUCUCUACCAAAGGUCAGAUGUUAAUGGGCAGAUGGUGGAAUAUACAACUCUGCCCAGUACCAACCGGAUAAAUGGAAACGUCCAUGGAAGCUUCAGCAAUGGCUGCUCCCAUCUCCACCAUAAGAUUCCCAGUGGAGUCACUGGGAGCCUCAAUGGAGGGCUGUACUCUGGGCACACGAGCUCUCUAACCAGGACACGUGUGGAUUUCGAACAUCCUCGUCACCUAGUGAAUGGUGGUGGCAUGUACACAGCGGUACCUCAGACUGACCCACUGGAGUGCAUCAACUGCCGAAAUUGUCGCAACAACAAUAGGUGUUUCACCAAAACCAACAGCACAUUCAGCAGCAGCCCCCUUCCUGUGGUCCCAGUGGUAGCACCUUAUCCUCAAGAUGGUUUGGAAAUGAAGGCCCUCAGUCACAUGAAGAUGGCUAUGUGUCUGGCUUCCACCGUCCCUGACUGUAGUCAGUCACCUGAGGAGAGCAUCCAAUGUGACGUGGCACCAAGGCCUGCUCAGCAUGUUUGCUGUCAAGACAACAGAAGUGAGAUCAACUCUGAUUGUGUGGAAGAUACAGCAGAGUUCAACAGAGGAGACAGCUGUGUCCAUUCAGAAACAGAGAACAAAAUUUUAAGUUGGAAUCCUCUUAUUUUGCCACCUGUUUCAACGGACUGUACUGAAAAGACAACGUGGUCUUCUCCUGGCAUUCCUCUAGACAGCCCUUCAGGCAUCCUUCAGCAACCUCAGGAAACCUGAGGGUGUGGAAAUGCCUAGUCAUGUCCCCACUUCAAGCCAGUAACUGCACAAAACAGGCCUGGGGAUGGACUGUGUGAAGGACAUUAAUUCAAUUCAGAGAAAAAUCAUUAUUUAUUUUUUGUAGUAGUAAUGUCAUAUGAAUGUAUCUUAACAUGUGUGCCCUUUUAUAUUAUUUAUGCCUUAAGAGUUUCCCUCCCUAGUCCUUCCUCCCCCUCAGUAGUAAGCAAACCAGUCUGGCAUAGUUUUCAGUCGUUGGUGAGCAGUGGGGUCACUCCCUGUGGUCCAAGAGCCUCGGUGGCAGUAAGAGCUCCUCCAGCAGGGGUCCCAUCUGUUGGAUGAUGCAGCUAAGAAGGAAUCGCAGAGGCCAUUGCAAGUGUUCAGAUGGAAAGCUGCCUUUCACUAUCAUGUGGUCAAACUUGCUGAGAACAUUUGAAGUCAACCACAGUUGUAGCCCGAUGUUUACAAUAGCACAUGUCUUGUGAAUUUUGUGAAGUGAUUUCCAUGGAAGUGAUGGUUGACCUGUUGACUGACUAUCUGCAGUGGGCACAAGUUAUAUCCAAUUUUCUGGGCACUAAUAACAAGCAGUGUCUUGGACAUGGUUGAGGUUAAAGUCUGGUUAGGUUAUGGCAGAAGGCAGAAAGGGAGCAGAGGCCAGAGAGAAAAGGAAUGCCUCUUAAAACUCAAAGUUGCAUUAGUCUAUAAAAUGUCACCAUGGGGCUCUUUUUUGACUGCUUCUCAGAGUAGAAACAAAUUAAGACUUUAAAGUGGUGACCGGAAGAGAAAGAUAAACAUUUUAAGAAGAAGGAGGAGGGUUCUCAAACGACUAUCUUGGCAGAAGCUCUCCCAUUAGUCUAGGAGGUCCUCAUGGUGCCACCAAGAAAAUCAGCAUUUUCUAACUCCCAGCAUGGGCAAUACCUGGAAGAUGUGAGUGUCAAAAGAAUGUGGAGCUUUGAAAUUUCCUGACAUGUUUUCAGAAUGUCAUCAUUGUAACAGGCACCUAAAGCCUUGGUUAGCACAGUUCAUAAAUCACAUUUAUUGCUGCCUCUGAGUGAUAAGGGCAUUUGCAGCUGCUGUUGGAAGGUUUUUCUUCUCCACAUCUAAAGACAAAACAACACUUUAUGUGUAUUUCAUAGUUUUAGUCAAGUUUUAUGUGUGUCACUGCUCUUUUUUGAACUGUGCAUCUCUUUGGGAGAGAAGCAGCAAACAAUUCUUUUUAUGUAAAGUGAAGCAGUCCCAGUAUGAACAAAAUUUUUUUUGUUUCCCAACGAUUGCAGUGAAAUAGACCAGACUACCAUAUUAGUCAACUUUCUGUAUAAAUGCCUUAAUAUUCCCUUACGCAUGUCUUUAUCUUUUAUAACUAGAACUGUUAUUGGAGUGUGCUGUGUAAGCUGGGUCAGUAUGCAAGGAUUGGUGUGGAAUGUAGUGGAUAUAAUCUCAUGGUCAGGAAUCAGGGAUGCUGUAGAGUCAAGUUCUCCAUUCCAGACGUCCAUGCCUGUAAUGUACUGGAUUUAUUCUUCAUGUUGCUUCAAUGCAGUUAGCUUUGGAGGGGCAUAACCAUCUCUUACUUGUGUGGCUUUCAAAGGACAAAGUCCUAGCACAUAGAAUACGAAAACAGGCCUUGUGUCUGCCAGUCCAGUUACACCGAUGUGGGCACAAAGGGAGUUUUAGAAAACUGGGGAGUGUGUUUGGAGGCGGUCCUUUUGAUUCAGGAACCAGAGGUGUGUUACCAUGAGCCUUAGGUCAUAAACUGCUUUUAAAGAUUGAGUUUGAAUAUGGGAUUUGUCCACUAGGAAGAGAAAACGACUUUCCCUUUAGGGCAAUCUCAUUGUGGACUGCUUUAUUUAUAUUAUUAGUAACGCUGUUUUAAGUGUUAUUCGUUUUAUUGUAUUUUAUUUAUAUUAAAAAAGCCUUUAUAUGUUGAAAUAUAUAAAUAUAAAUAUAUAUAUAUAUAUUAUUACCUUCAUAUUUAGGAGUUAUCAGUUCUCUCUAACCGUGAGUUGUUCAGAACGUUUAUGCCCUGCACAGACCCCCUAAACAGUUCUGCCUAAUAUCACCUGCCAGGAAGUCAGAGGACAGUAUGGCAUGGGAGGUGGCACAAAUGUUUGUGGAGCAACUGCUGUGUGCCAGGUGUGGUGCUUGGUGCUUGUUACCGCUAUCUCAAAUCCUGUUGUUAAGUCAAAUCUACAAAGUAGGUGAUAAAGUCCCCAGGCCACCCACCUGGGCCACAGAGCCCCAGUUUGAACUCCCCUGGAGCUGUGAUCUGAUUUCCUUCCAUUUUUCCACACUGCUUUCCGAAAGCACUGUAGUUUGCUCUUUUAAUGGGACCUGUCCAGUUCUGGAAGCCCUGAUCCACCUGGCCAACAGAUUCCUUGGAUGCUCCAGCUCCACAACUAGAGAAGCUGUCUCUGUCCUCCAUGGGCCCCUGGCCUUCCCGGAGCCCUCAUUUCUCCCCAUAACGUCCCUCCCCACCAACCCUGUCUGGGGAAUUUGACUUUCUGCUUAAUGAUCCUGGAAUGAGUCAGGCCUUCUCUUAGAAUUCCCUUCGAGUCUUUGUUUCAGCACGAAACUUCCCCACUCCUAUCUCAUUUCAUCAUUUUACUGCCUUUUUUUGCCCUUCUUUCGGUUAUGCACUCAUCGUCUGCUGAUAGGUGCUGUACAGGGUGUAAGUGAAAUGGCAAUGUUUUAAACCUUUUGAAGUGGUCUUUAAGAAAAAGGCAUGUCUUUCUGGGUUUUGUUUGUAUUGAAUGGGUCUGCAAAGACUGAUACAUCCUUGUUAAGCUGAUCAUGAGGCAAGUCUCAUUCCAGCUACGGUACUGCCAAGAAGUUCACUUUAUGACUGAAUUUCACCUGUGUUGCUCUCUUUUAAAGCAAUGACUUAUUUCAAGAUGCAUGUUUUUGUAUCAUAUUGGAAAGUAUGUUUUAUUUUCCUUAAAGUUGUAAUAUUAUGUUUGAAAUUGUAUAUAUUUUAAAUGAUGUAGCUUUGACAGGUUUUAUUUGGUUGAUAUGAUUUUCUAUUAAAAGAGAAUGCUGCUUUCAUGAA